AUCUUCAGCGUAAAACUCGCUGUAAACAAAUAACCAUAAAGAGAUCUGUCCUUGUGUGUCUGCAUCUCGUGACAAACAAGUAAUCGAUACAGAUCUGGUUAAGCUGCCUUGUCUUACAAGAAACUGGAGUUGUCUGUGGUCUGUGAAUCAACGAUCUGAUCUCAAAGCAGGACCAAAUCAACAGAGACAUGGGAGCUGCGGUGACGAAAUCUGAUGGUCAAGAGACAAAGCUAGAGGCUAAGAUCAUAGAAGCCGUGCAACGCAGGGCAUCGAGAGGAACCACGAUGAAAUCAUUCAACAGCAUUGUUCUCAAGUUCCCAAAGAUCGACGAGGGUCUUCGAAACUGCAAAGCUAUCUUCCAAGAGUUUGAUGAAGAUUCGAAUGGGUCUAUUGAUCACACGGAGCUAAAGAACUGUUUCAGGAAGCUAGAGAUCUCGUUCGAGGAAGACGAGAUCAAUGACUUGUUUGAAGCUUGUGAUAUCAACGAGGAUAUGGGGAUUACAUUUACUGAGUUCAUUGUUCUUCUCUGUCUCGUCUAUCUUCUUAAGGACGAUUCAUCCACCCUCCAAAAGAAAUGGAGACUGGGAAUGCCGAAGCUGGAACCAACGUUUGAGACGCUAGUGGACACAUUCGUGUUCCUGGAUGAGAACAAGGACGGACUCGUGAGCCGCGAGGAGAUGGUCCGAGCCAUUGAUGAAUCUGGAGAGCGUUCCUCCGGGAGGAUAGCAAUGAAAAGAUUUGAGGAGAUGGACUGGGACAAGAAUGGAAUGGUGAACUUCAAAGAGUUCUUGUUCGCAUUUACGCAGUGGGUUGGAAUAGAUGAGAAUGAAGAAGAAGACGAUGAUGAUAACAAUGACAAGGCUUGAAUUUUGUGUUGCAAGAAUGUAAUAGUAACAAUUAACAAACUAUGUUUUAUGUUAUAAUGCAAACAGAAUUAAUUCACUACCAAACACACAAACCAUUAUGUUUUUACCCAAAAAAAACUUGCUUUUAAGCAACAAAGCUUAUUAGUAGUCUCCACUAAACCAUAUAAAGAGAAAGGGCAAACAAAAGCAAGCCAACAUUAACAUACAAAGACAGAG